AUGGAGGCGGUGUGGCAGCCUCAAAGGCGUGGGCCGAGCUCGAAAUUGUUGAACAGUGAGCUGACUGCCAUCCAAACAUGCACAAAUAUCACCACAUUCGCUACCGCCGCCGCUUUCGCUGCCGCCGCCGCCGCCGCUUUCGCCGCCGCCACCGCCGCUUUCGCCGCCGCCGCCCCUUUCGCCGCCGCCGCCGCCGCUUUCGCCGCCGCCACCGCCGCUUUCGUCGCCGCCGCCGCCGCUUUCGCCGCCGCCGCCGCCGCUUUCGCCGCCGCCGCCGCCGCUUUCGCCGGCGCCGCCGCCGCUUUCGCCGCCGCCGCCGCCGCUUUCGCCGCCGCCGCUUUCGCCGCCGCCGCCGCCGCUUUCGCUGCCGCCGCCGCCGCCGCUUUCACUGCCGCUGCCGCCGCCGCUUUCGCUGCCGCCGCCGCCGCCGCUUUCGCUGCCGCCGCCGCCGCCGCUUUCGCUGCCGCCGCCGCCGCCGCUUUCGCUGCCGCCGCCGCUUUCGCCGCCGCCGCUUUCGCCGCCGCCGCCGCCGCUUCCGACGCCGCCGCCGCCACGUGCGCUGCCGCCACCGCCGCCACUUUCGCUGCCGCCGCCGCCGACACUUUCGCUGCCGCCGCCGCCGCCGCUUUCACCGCCGCUGCCGCCGCUUUCGCCGCCGCCGCCGCCGCCGUCGCUUUCGCCGCCGCCGCCGCCGCCGCCGCUUUCGCCGCCGCCGCCGCCGCUUUCGCCGCCGCCGCCACUUUCGCCGCCGUCGCCGCCGCUUUCGCCGCCGCCACCGCCGCUUUCGCCGCCGCCGCCGCCGCCGCUUUCGCCGCCGCCGCCGCCGCCGCCGCCGCUUUCGCCGCCGCCACCGCUUUCGCUGCCGCCGCCGCCGCCGCUUUCGCUGCCGCCGCCGCCGCCGCUUUCGCUGCCGCCGCCGCUUUCGCCGCCGCCGCUUUCGCCGCCGCCGCUUUCGCCGUCGCCACUUUCGCCGCCACCGCCGCUUUCCCUGCCGCCGCCGCUUUCGAUGCAGCCGCCGCCGCUUUCGCUGCCGCCGCCGCCGCCGCUGCCGCUUUCGCUGCCGCCGCCGACGCCGCUUUCGCCGCCGCCGCUGCUGCCGCUUUCGCCGCCGCCGCCGCUUCCGACGCCGCCGCCACUUUCGCCGCCACCGCCACUUUCCCUGCCGCCGCCGCUUUCGCUGCCGCCGCCGCCGCCGCUUUCGCUGCCACCGCCACCGCCGCUUUCGCUGCCACCGCCGCUUUCGCCGCCGCUGCCGCCGCUGCCGCCGCUGCCGCCGCCGCCGCCGCUGCCGCCGCCGCCGCCGCCGCCGCCGCCGCCACCGCCGCCGCUGCCGCCGCCGCCACUGCCGCCGCCGCCGCCGCCGCUUUCGCUGCCGCCGCCGCUGCCGCUGCCGCCGCCGCUUUCGCUGCCGCUGCCGCCGCUUUCGCUGCCGCCGCCGCCGCCGCUUUCGCUGCCGCCGCCGCCGCCGCUUUCGCUGCCGCCGCCGCUUUCGCUGCCGCCGCCGCUUUCGCCGCCGCCGCUUUCGCCGCCGCCGCCGCCGCUUCCGACGCCGCCGCCACCACUUUCGCUGCCGCCGCCGCCACUUUCGCUGCCGCCGCCGCCGCCUCUUUCGCUGCCGCCGCCGCCGCCGCUUUCGCCGCCGCCGCUGCCGCCGCCGCCGCCGCCGCCGCUGCCGCCGCCGCCGCCGCCGCUGCCGCCGCCGCCACUGCCGCCGCCGCCGCCGCCGCUUUCGCUGCCGCCGCCGCUGCUGCUGCCGCCACCGCUUUCGCUGACGCCGCCGCCGCUUUCGCCUCCGCCGCUUUCGCCGCCGCCGCUUUCGCCGCCGCCGCCGCUUUCGCCGCCGCCGCCGCUUUCGCCGCCGCCGCCGCUUUCGAUGCCGCCGCCGCCGCUUUCGCUGCCGCCGCCGCCGCCGCUGCCGCUUUCGCUGCCGCCGCCGACGCCGCUUUCGCCGCCGCCGCUGCUGCCGCUUUCGCCGCCGCCGCCGCUUCCGACGCCGCCGCCACUUUCGCCGCCACCGCCACUUUCCCUGCCGCCGCCGCUUUCGCUGCCGCCGCCGCCACCGCUUUCGCUGCCGCCGCCGCCGCCGCUUUCGCUGCCGCCGCCGCCGCCGCUUUCGCUGCCACCGCCGCUUUCGCCGCCGCCGCUUUCGCCGCCGCCGCUUUCGCCGUCGCCACUUUCGCCGCCACCGCCGCUUUCCCUGCCGCCGCCGCUUUCGAUGCCGCCGCCGCCGCUUUCGCUGCCGCCGCCGCCGCCGCUGCCGCUUUCGCUGCCGCCGCCGACGCCGCUUUCGCCGCCGCCGCUGCUGCCGCUUUCGCCGCCGCCGCCGUUUCCGACGCCGCCGCCACUUUCGCCGCCACCGCCACUUUCCCUGCCGCCGCCGCUUUCGCUGCCGCCGCCGCCGCCGCUUUCGCUGCCACCGCCACCGCCACCGCCGCUUUCGCUGCCACCGCCGCUUUCGCCGCCGCUGCCGCCGCUGCCGCCGCCGCCGCCGCUGCCGCCGCCGCCGCCGCCGCCGCCGCCGCCGCCGCCACCGCCGCCGCUGCCGCCGCCGCCACUGCCGCCGCCGCCGCCGCCGCUUUCGCUGCCGCCGCCGCUGCCGCUGCCGCCGCCGCCGCCGCCGCUGCCGCCGCCGCCGCCGCCGCCGCUGCCGCCGCCGCCGCCGCCGCUGCCGCCGCCGCCGCCACUGCCGCCGCCGCCGACGCCGCUUUCGCUGCCGCCGCCGCUGCUGCUGCCGCCACCGCUUUCGCUGACGCCGCCGCCGCUUUCGCCUCCGCCGCUUUCGCCGCCGCCGCUUUCGCCGCCGCCGCCGCUUUCGCCGCCGCCGCCGCUUUCGCCGCCGCCGCCGCUUUCGCCGCCGCCGCCGCUUUCGCCGCCGCCGCCGCUUUCGCCGCCGCCGCCGCUUUCGCCGCCGCCGCCGCUUUCGCCGCCGCCGCCGCUUUCGCCGCCGUCGCCGCCGCUUUCGCCGCCGCCACCGCCGCUUUCGCCGCCGCCGCCGCCGCCGCUUUCGCCGCCGCCGCCGCCGCUUUCGCCGCCGCUUUCGCUGCCGCCGCCGCCACCGCUUUCGCUGCCGCCGCCGCCGCCGCUUUCGCUGCCGCCGCCGCUUUCGCCGCCGCCGCUUUCGCCGCCGCCGCUUUCGCCGCCGCCACUUUCGCCGCCACCGCCGCUUUCCCUGCCGCCGCCGCUUUCGAUGCCGCCGCCGCCGCUUUCGCUGCCGCCGCCACCGCCGCUGCCGCUUUCGCUGUCGCCGCCGCCGCCGCUUUCGCCGCCGCCGCUGCUGCCGCUUUCGCCGCCGCCGCCGCCGCUUCCGACGCCGCCGCCACUUUCGCCGCCACCGCCACUUUCCCUGCCGCCGCCGCUUUCGCUGCCGCCGCCGCCGCUUUCGCCGCCACCGCUUUCGCUGCCGCCGCCGACGCCGCUUUCGCUGCCGCCGCCGCCGCCGCUUUCGCUGCCGCCGCCGCCGCCGCUUUCGCUGCCGUCGCCGCUUUCGCCGCCGCCGCCGCCGCUUCCGACGCCGCCGCCGCCACUUUCGCUGCCGCCGCAGCCGCCACUUUCGCUGCCGCCGCCGCCGCCGCCGCCGCCUCUUUCGCUGCCGCCGCCGCCGCUUUCGCCGCCGCCCCCGCUUUCGCCGCCGCCGCGGCUUUCGCCGCCGCCGCCGCUUUCGCCGCCGCCGCCGCUUUCGCCGCCGCCGCCGCUUUCGCCGCCGCCGCCGCAGCCGCUUUCGCCGCCGCCACCACAGCCGCUUUCGCCGCCGCCGCCGCAGCCGCUUUCGCCGCCGCCACCGCAGCCGCCGCCACCGCAGCCGCUUUCGCCGCCGCCGCUUUCGCCGCCGCCGCUUUCGCCGCCGCCGCUUUCGCCGCCGCCGCUUUCGCCGCCGCCGCUUUCGCCGCCGCUUUCGCCGCCGCCGCCGUUUUCGCCGCCGCCACCGCCGCCGCUUUCGCCGCCGCCGCUUUCGCAGCCGCCGCCGCUUUCGCCGCCGCCGCCGCUUUCGCCGCCGCCGCUUUCGCCGCCGCCACCACUUUCUCCGCCGCCGCCGCUUUCUCCGCCGCCGCCGCCGCCGCUUUCCUUGAGAUAUUACAAACUUCAGUCGUUUGA